CUCUUUCAGUCAGCCGGUGGCCGCCAUGUUGGGUUUCGCGGGUCGCUGCUGCGCCUCUUCGGCCGCCUCCCUGCUGCGGGGCGUGCGGAGCGCGCCGAGCCCCCUCCAGGACCUGCUGAAGCUCCGCGGCGGGGUCGCCUCAGCUGCCACCGAGGCCCGACGGAACUAUGCUGCACAGGCGGCUCCUGCAGCUAAAGCUGGAGUUGCCACUGGGCACAUUGUGGCAGUCAUUGGUGCUGUGGUGGAUGUCCAGUUUGAUGAUGACCUGCCGCCGAUCCUCAAUGCACUUGAGGUGCAAGGCAGAGAUACACGGCUGGUGCUGGAGGUAGCACAGCACUUAGGUGAGAAUACGGUUCGUACCAUUGCUAUGGAUGGUACUGAAGGCUUGGUGAGAGGCCAAAAAGUUUUGGACUCUGGUGCACCCAUCAGAAUUCCUGUAGGACCUGAGACCCUUGGCAGAAUCAUGAAUGUGAUUGGAGAGCCAAUUGAUGAAAGAGGCCCAAUAACAACCAAACAACUUGCUGCUAUUCAUGCUGAAGCACCAACGUUUGUUGAGAUGAGUGUUGAGCAAGAAAUCCUUGUGACUGGCAUUAAAGUUGUAGAUCUCCUUGCACCAUAUGCCAAGGGUGGUAAAAUUGGGCUGUUUGGUGGUGCUGGUGUAGGCAAGACAGUACUGAUCAUGGAGCUUAUCAACAAUGUUGCCAAAGCCCAUGGCGGCUACUCGGUGUUUGCUGGUGUUGGGGAAAGAACUCGUGAAGGAAAUGACUUGUACCAUGAAAUGAUUGAAUCUGGAGUCAUCAACUUGAAGGAUACCACAUCCAAGGUCGCACUUGUUUACGGACAGAUGAAUGAGCCACCUGGUGCUCGUGCCAGGGUUGCUCUAACUGGAUUGACCGUGGCUGAAUAUUUCAGAGACCAGGAAGGUCAAGAUGUACUGCUCUUCAUUGACAACAUUUUCCGUUUCACACAAGCUGGAUCUGAGGUGUCUGCCUUGCUGGGCAGAAUUCCCUCAGCUGUGGGGUACCAGCCUACUCUAGCAACUGAUAUGGGUACCAUGCAAGAGAGAAUCACAACAACUCGGAAGGGAUCUAUCACAUCUGUGCAGGCCAUUUACGUGCCAGCUGAUGACUUAACUGAUCCAGCCCCUGCGACUACAUUUGCCCACUUGGAUGCCACCACCGUGUUGUCUCGUGCCAUUGCUGAAUUGGGCAUUUACCCAGCUGUGGACCCUCUAGAUUCCACUUCACGUAUCAUGGAUCCCAAUAUCGUGGGGCAGGAGCAUUAUGAUGUGGCCCGUGGGGUGCAAAAGAUUUUGCAGGACUACAAGUCCCUCCAGGACAUCAUUGCUAUUUUGGGUAUGGAUGAGUUGUCUGAAGAGGAUAAGCUUACCGUGGCUCGUGCCCGUAAAAUUCAGAGGUUUCUGUCCCAGCCCUUCCAGGUUGCUGAAGUUUUCACUGGCCAUGCAGGCAAGCUUGUACCCCUAAAGGAAACCAUCAAGGGCUUCAAAGCGAUCCUGGCAGGAGAGUAUGACCACCUCCCUGAGCAGGCUUUCUACUUGGUGGGGCCUAUUGAGGAAGCUGUGGCAAAGGCUGAGAAGCUGGCUGAAGAGCACUAAUGAGUCUGUGGCUGAGGGGGAAAUUGUUCUGCAUCAAACUCCCAUUGUUUCAUAUUGUCCAGGUUCCCAGCUGGGAAGUCAUGUAACAUGUCUGCAAAGUAUUUAAAGUUUUCAAUAAAACUUCUGGUGAGAUCGUA